UGAUGAGCAGUGUUUCCCUAAAUAGCUUUGGCACCAAAUGAGGAUGUUUCACUGGCGGUCAGGUGUGAGUAGUCAGCCUUGAGGUGGGCCAGUGAUGCCGCCCCCAGCCACAAGUCCCCCUGCUGUGCCCCCACCAGACGGCGGUUGGGGUUGGGCUGUGGUGUUAGCAUCUUUCGUGUCCAUAGGCUUCUCGUACGCUUUCCCCAAGGCCAUCACUGUCUUCUUCAAAGACAUCCAGAUCAUCUUCGAUGCCUCCUACAGUCAGAUCGCAUGGAUCUCCUCCAUCAUGCUUGCAGUCAUGUAUGCUGCAGGUCCCAUCAGCAGUAUACUGGUCAACACAUACGGCUGCAGGCCCAUCGUCAUGAUGGGGGGCUGCUUUUGUGCCACUGGCAUGAUCUUAGCUUCCUUCUGCAACAGCGUGGUGCAGCUUUACAUCUGCAUAGGAGUUGUUGGUGGACUUGGUCUAGCCUUCAACCUGCAGCCAGCGCUGACAAUGAUAGGCAGAUACUUCUAUAAAAAGCGUCCCAUUGCUAACGGCCUGGCGAUGGCAGGCAGUCCGGUGUUUCUCAGCACUUUGGCUCCUCUCAACCAGUACCUAUUCAACCAGUUCGGCUGGAGAGGCAGCUUCCUCAUCCUAGGUGGCCUGCUAUUGAACUGCUGUGUGGCUGGUUCCCUCAUGAGGCCUUUGGGACCACCACCCAGCAAGAUCAAGAAGGACGAAGAGUUAGCCGCCAUUGCCACCACAACGAAAGAGAAGGUCACUGCCUGGCAAACAGUCAACAAGUACCUGGACUUGACACUCUUCAAGCAUCGUGGUUUCCUCAUCUAUCUGUCAGGCAAUGUAAUCAUGUUCCUGGGCUUCUUUGCGCCUAUUGUCUUCCUUGCAGCCUACGCUAAGGACAUGGGUGUGGAUGAGUACUCGGCUGCCUUCCUGCUCUCAAUUCUGGCUUUUGUUGACAUGUUUGCCAGGCCUUCCAUGGGGCUACUGGCCAAUUCACGCUGGGUCCGGCCCAGGAUCCAGUACUUCUUUAGCUUUGCUGUGCUGUACAAUGGAGUGUGCCACAUCCUCUGCCCACUGGUGGAAAGCUACACUGGUCUGGUUGUGUAUGCAAUGUUCUUCGGCUUUGCAUUUGGCAUGGUCAGCUCAGUGCUGUUUGAAACACUGAUGGACCUGGUUGGGCCUCAGAGGUUCUCCAGUGCUGUGGGACUCACCACCAUUGUGGAGUGCUGUCCGGUCCUCAUUGGUCCACCUCUAGCAGGAAAACUGGUCGAUGUCACAAAAAACUACAAAUACAUGUAUUUUUGCUGCGGAGCUGUCGUGAUUUUGGCAAGUAUUUGGCUCUUCAUUGGAAACUUCAUUAACUACAGACUCUUGGAGCGCGAGCGCAAGUGUGCAGAGAUGUACAAACGGACUGAGACGGAAGAUCCAGACCAAGUUCAGGAUCAGAAGGAGGCCGAUGGGAAAGCCCAGACGUCGGAGGAGGUGGUUGAAAAAAGUCAAAAGGAUGGCGAACCUAUGCAGCGAGAAACCAACAUCUAGAUCCUUGUGCUCUGCCAACAGCUAACCCUCAUCUCCACGACAACCUCGCAACACCCUCCACUAUGAUCAAACUGAGCACCAAGCCAAGAGGUGCCUCUCGGUGUUCCACCAGGCUCUAUUUUGGGUCCUCUGCACUUCUCUGAAACUAACUGCCAAAGCAAAAACUAUGUUGUAGGAGGCUCAAGAGUAUCAGCUGACUAUAACAGAAAUAUUUACCAUAAAGAAAAGUGUAAGAUACUAUUAUGCAUGUGAAGAGGAAAAAAGUAAGAAAAUUUAGUGGAAAACAGUGUAGUAAUAACUAUAUUUUGUUUUUUUGCUACGUUCACCUCAUAUCGGAUUUACUGUAAAUACAAGACUGCAGCUGACGGAAAAGAACAUUGAAGGCAGACCCCUAGUGGCAGUUAAAAUCAGGAUGUGGGAUUAUAGUCAGUGGUAUGUAGGAACUCCAAAAAUUAUGUCAACUGAGAGUUAACAUAGCGAAUCCACAGAUGUUGACAGAAAAUGUGUUAAAUUCACAGACAAUCAGCUCUGCUUAAGAAAAGAAUUAUCUGCUGCAGUUUGUGUAUGGUUGAUUUUGGUUAUGUUUGUUUGUUUCAACAAGUUAAAAUAUUUAAAUCUGUAACAACUAGCGUCAUUCUGUUCUUCCUACUGUGUCUUCCGAUGUGACGUGAAUGCAGCAUCAGCGUGUUGCCACUGUUCCAACAGCACCAGCAAACUGAAUUCAUGUUCAAAAUUAAAUCUGUCUUCACAACACAAAUGAACAAGAGGAAUAAAUAAAUAAAUUUCUUUCUUUGAGUGAAAUAUUACUGGUUUGAUGCUAAAAAAUCAGCCAGUGUCUUGGGAGUCAGAGUCUUGGUGAAGUUUUGAGCAGGACUCAUCCCUAACUGUGCGUUCACACCAUGAGUAACUUGGUUUAUGCGUUGCUCAUUUUUACAGAUUGUGGACAGUUGUAGGCUCUCAAUGGACCAACUGUAA